AUGGCGCAUGGGAAAAAGUCUCGCGGCCCACAGGAGGAUGACCGAGGCGGCAAAAAUGCUCUAGCGUACGCAACCAAAGGUCGUCCCUGCUCUGGGCCAGAACUAAACGAGAAGUACUGGACUUCUACGGCUAAGAAUGGAGGGGUGAUACUAGCUUUUCACCUGCAAAUGGCGGGACCACGUCCUCUCUGGCCAAGGUCGCCAGGAAGAUGUGGGGGCACCGUUCGAGGUAGGUACUUUAAGAACGGACUGUCUGCACUCAUCGCGAAGAAAGCCUUUGGUCCGGUCAACGACCACGACCCUCCUCCUGCCCGGAGCCAUUGUAUCUACAACAUUCGGCAAUCUCGAUCCAAUGGACUCCUCGUUUCUCCCAAGAUGUUUGUGGAAUGGUUUCAUGCUCUCAGACUCGCUCUGGCCUCUGGGGCGAACCGAGUGAAUACCACUCCUGAGUCCUACGUUGGGUUCUUCCAUUAA